UUCUUAUAUCCAGUUAGAUGAUAAAAUUGAUAGUAGCUGCAAACGUGAGAUUUCUAUAUGUGGUUUUUUACUGCUGUGCCUUGAAAUAUUUGUGGAAGCGAUUGUUGUGUUUCCAUGAUGAGUUUUACGAAUUAUUUAACUCUCGAAUGAUGGAUAUAACAAGGCUGUACGCAUUAGUACUUUUUCUUUGUUCAUUACCAAUUUGUCAUAGUGCUGGAAAGGACCAUCCAGUACCUAGCUAUUUUCGGAGCACAGAUGCAAAUGGAAAUUUGUUACACAGAGAAAAAGAAUCUUAUGAUGCUGUUUUGCCUAAACCUUUUGUCACUCGCAUCUCACGUAAAGACUCUGGUGCAAUUUUGAAAGUCUCGCCAAUAACUGUAGAGAAUGGUGGCAUUGUUAAUGUUACAUGGCAGAAUAUUAUAAACCCACAACAAAAAGAUUUUAUUGCUUUUUAUUGUCCAGUGGAUGACAGCCUAACUCAUUAUCUGGAUUAUUUUUUUGUAACAGUUAGUAAAACAUGGUCACUUGGCUAUGGUGGUAAACAAGUUACCGUAUACAAUAUGAGAACAAACUGUGUCUUUAAAUAUUUCCGCAGCAUUGGUUAUUCGCAACUUGUCACUGUGAGUAAUGAAUUGUCAUUUACUGGUGGAGCAAUAGCCCCAUUGCAAGGCCAUAUUGCUUUGACUGGUAAUCCAUCAGAAAUGAGAGUUAUGUGGACAUCUGGUAAAGGAAAUGAGGCAGCUGUGGUGAGGUAUGGACUGACAACAAGCAUGAGCCAAUCAGUGUAUAAAGUUGACAUGAAAACAUAUAGUGCCAGUGAUAUGUGUGAAUCACCUGCAAAUUCCUCAGGAUUUUGGAAUCCUGGUUUUAUUUAUGAUGUGCUACUCUCUGAUUUAAGACUGAACACGAAGUAUUAUUACUCUUUUGGAACAAAAGAUCAUAUGAGCGCAAUGUUUCACUUUCAAACUGCGCUCCCUGCUGGUGAUCCAACAUCAUACAAGUUUAUUGCUUAUGGAGAUAUGGGGAUUGCACCAUACUCAGCUGUUCCAACCUCAGAGCUUAUCCAAAGUCAAAUAAAGCAAGAUGAAAGUUUACGGUUUGUCCUUCAUAAUGGUGACAUCUCUUAUGCUGAAGGUCAUGCUUACAUUUGGGAUCAAUGGAUGACGUUGAUUGAACCCUAUGCUACGCUUCUUCCUUAUAUGAUUGGUAUUGGUAACCACGAGCAAGAUCACCUUACUGGCGGUAUCAAACAUGACCCGAGUGGGGCGAAAGGUGAUGGAGGAUUUCGACCAAGGUGGGGUAACAAUGGACAAGAUUCUGGUGGUGAGUGUGGAGUUCCGAUGUUCAAACGUUUCCAUAUGCCAGAUAAUGGUAAUGCAGUGUGGUGGUACAGUUUUGAUUAUGGUUUAGUUCAUUAUGUUAUGAUGAGUACAGAACACGAUUUUACACCAGGUUCAAGACAGUAUACAUGGCUGGAAAAUGAUUUGAGAAGUGUUGAUCGCGAAAAGACUCCAUGGCUGAUUUUCUCAGGACACAGAGCAAUGUAUUGUAGCUCUCUUUAUAUAGACAAUUAUGUGAUCGCACUGAACAUGCAGCGCUUGUUCGAAGAUCUUUUGUACAAAUAUAAAGUCGAUCUUGCUUUAUGGUCACAUUACCAUUCUUACGAGAGAACGUGCAAGGUUUACAAAAACCAAUGUCGUGAUGAUGGUAUUAUUCACAUCGUUGUGGGAUCUGCUGGAAAAAAAAUAGAUUUAGAUAUUUGGUUUGACAAGCCAUGGUCUAUGUUUCAUCAGAAUGAGUAUGGGUAUGGGGUUGUCACUGUUGCCAAUGCGACAGCUAUGAAAUGGGAGUGGAUUCAAAACAAUAAAAAGAAAACGAUGGAUUCUGUCUGGAUCACUAAAUAAAAACUGUGUUGAUAUAUAUCCUUAAUAUAAUUCUUUUAUAUUUUAAUAUUUUUUCCCUGAUUAAUUUGCACCACGAAGGAAUUAUCACCCAUGCAUCAUCCAAUGAGAUUUUACGCCAAUAAGUGUAUUUUGUACUGGUUAGAUGGUAAGUGCACCUUUAUUUCAUACUUUAGGUAAAAAUGAAUUGAUAAAAUAUUUAAACGUAUACCUAUAUUUCUAAUUGUUUUGUAAUACAAAUAUUUUAAACUUAUAUCUUUUCAGUUGUGCAGAAGUAUAAAAUUGUUGUAAGAGCAAUAACCAAAAACUGUUUAUUCAAAAAGAUUAUUCUAGCUGUAAUUACUGUACUACUUUCCAGUAUAUACACAUUUAUGUUAACAUUUUUAUAUUCAUAUUUCUUAUUUUUGUCUUGUACAUUUUUUGAUUUUGAUGAUUUAAGAAAGAUUUUUUCUUUUAAAGAAUUUCAGAACAACAGUAAGUAAUAAUUUUGACUGGUAAAAUUUCUAUAAAGUAAAAGGAAUAAAGAAAAGUUUUUCAAGACAAAACAUUUUCAACUUUGCAACUAUUUUUGCUAUGACAAGCAUAAUUACCACGCAGGACCCGGACAACUUUUAGCGUAUAAAUAAGAAUUAAUUUUAAACGUAUUGUUUUUGUGUAAACUAUAAUUAAACUAUAAACUAUAUAUAACUUUUGUGUAAACUAUAAUUAAACUAUAAACUAUAUAUAACUUUUGUGUAAACUAUAUAUUUGUUUCUUAUUGUUGGCUGUUCAGUGUAUUAAAUAUUUUAAACUAUAGAUACACAAAUUUUAUAAUGUUUAAACUGAAAUAUCUCACUAGGAGAAAUUUCUUAUUGUUACUGUCAAUUUAUAAUAUCGGACAAAAAAAUGUUGGACAAAAGUGACGAAAUUUUAGCAUACUCACAGCGUUUGUUUUAAAUGUUUUGUACCGUCUCAUCGAAAAAAAUCUAAACAAGAACAAAAUGGAUGACAGUGACGAAAUCUGGUGACGAAUAAUUUUUGCGACAAAAAUUUUGUCUCACAUUUUUGUUCCGAUGUUAUUACAAAAUAUUUCAAUGUGUGACACGUAAAAAUGGUUAUACUGUUUUUAAGUAUUUUAAUGAUUGGAAUUUAUUUUCAUAUCUGAAAUAAAAAUGCACAAUAAAACUUGUAA